GUAGGAUCGUAAGCUGCAGACUCCAUUGAGCAACUUUCCAGACAUGGCCACUGCUGGCUCCUCCUUUUCCUAAGUGCCAUGGAGCCAAGCAGGGAAGGCUCUGCCCAUCCCAAGCAAGAAUAUCACACAUUCCGAUAUCGGUCUGGGAAUCGCUGUCAGGGCCCUGGGAUUGAGCGACAAGACCUCAGGAAAAAUGUUGUUGUACUUACUAGGCGAUCCACCAAUGUCGGUGACCGUCAUCGAGGUCAAUUGCCUUGUCUUUGAAGAUGGAGUGUGAUACUUUUGAGGAAAGGCGAGGCUGAUUGAGCUUUGCUUUGAGCUCUGCUAAAUUGCUUCAGCCGGCAACAACACCACCACCACCAACCCAAGGUAUCAAAUCUAUACCUAGAAAGCCCGCUGCAACCAUGGCAGACGCACCGCCAGAUCAGCAGGUUGUCAACCCAGGGAAUACAACAAAGUUGUCCCCUUCGUCACGGCUAAAGAAAGCCUUCGGAUACUUUGCUAUCUUUGUCCAGACAGAGCCAUCAAAACUUGACAUUCUUCUCUUGGUCACUGGAAUACUCAGCGCCAUCGCUUCUGGAGUGCCUUUUCCGCUGCUGGGCAUCAUCUUCGGUCAGCUCCUCGAUGAUUUCAACAACCAAGGCUGCGCUUCCGAAGCAUCGUCCGGCGUGCAAAGCUCCGCCAGUACUCAGCAAUACCAGUCCGACGUCAACAGCAAGGUCCUAUACGUGGUCUACCUCGCCAUCGCCCAAUUCGGCUUCAUGUACAUCCACCUCGUGAGCUGGUCAUUGGGAGGCGCCAGGCUAGCACAACGUCUGCGUGAGCAGUACCUCCGUAGCUUGCUGCACAAGGAGCCUGCUUUCUUCGACAGCCGUCCUAGCGGGGAAGUGUCGUCCCGGCUCAACGGCGACAUUUCCAUGAUACGCAUGGGGACAUCAGAGAAGGUCGGCAUCUGCCUCUCGAGCAUUUCUUUCUUCGUCACCGCCUACAUCGUCACCUUCAUCAAGAUUCCGAAGCUGGCUGGUAUAUUGGUCUCGUUGGUGCCCGCCUACUUUUCCAUGUCGCUGGUAGGCGGAUACUUCAUCAAGAAGUACUCGUCCCGUGUCUCGGACCGGUUUGCAGCAGCUUCGUCCGUGGCCUCGGAGGCACUGUCCAAUGUUGCCGUUGUCCAUGCCUUCAAUGCGAACGAUAAGCUGGAAAGGAACUUCUCAUCGCACCUACGCUUGGCCAGGAAGGAAGGUAUCAAAAAGGCUCUUGCUAGCGGUAUUCAAGCCGGCUUCAUCUACUUUAUCGCCUACGCGGCGGAUGCGCUGGCUUUCUGGCAGGGUAGCCACAUGAUUGCGGAUGCAGUCGAAGGCGAUGGCAGAGGAACCACCGUGGGUAGCGUUUUCACCGUAAUUUUCCUUCUGGUGGAUGCCAGCCUCAUCCUCAGCCAGAUGACGCCAUUUCUGGCUAUCUUUGCAGCAGCUUCUGCAUCCUUCGCCAAACUGAAGCAAGACAUCGACAGACCGUCUAGGAUUGACGGGACUGCAGACACUGGACUUCGACUGCCCGCCAAUACCACCGGCCAAUUCAAGUUGCAAGACGUCUCCUUCUACUAUCCGUCGCGACCGGGACAAAAUGUGCUCGACAAUGUGUCCAUGGAAUUCCCGGCAGGCCAAAAUACGGCUAUCGUCGGCUUCUCUGGUAGCGGCAAGUCCACUGUCGCAGCCCUGUUGCUCCGGCUGUACGACCCAACCGAGGGCUCAGUCGUCCUAGACGGCCACGACCUUCGUGAGCUCAAUACGCGGCAGGUUCGAAGCUUGAUUGGUAUUGUCCAGCAAGAAGCCACCCUGCUCGAUCGGUCAAUUCUGGAGAAUAUCGCCCAUGGGCUGGUGAACUCUACGGCAUCGGAACAUGAAGGUCUUCGUGACGCAUUGUACGGGCCACAUCUUCGAUUGCUGGCUGCCGCUAUUAGGGAAGGCCGUGGCGCAACAGAGGCAGCCAGAGAACAAGGCCCAGUAGUGGAAAGAAUCCUCAAUAUGGUCCAGCACGCAGCCGAGAUCGCCGACGCUGCGCGUUUUAUCGACAAGAUGCCAGAGGGCCUGGGAACGAUCGUUGGAUCUAGUGGCACACGGCUCAGCGGAGGGCAAAGGCAACGCAUUGCCAUUGCCAGGGCCGUUGUCAAAGACCCCAAGAUCCUUAUCCUUGACGAAGCCACGGCAUCCCUCGACUCGCAGAGCGAAACGGAGAUUCUUGAGGCCUUGGAUCGUUGUUCAGAAGGCCGUACCGUUAUCUCCGUUGCUCAUCGUCUUUCCACAAUCCAAAAGGCAGAUAAGAUUGUCGUCAUGGAAAACGGCCGGAUCUUGGAAGCAGGAACCCACGCAGAACUGAUGAGCAAGCAAGGUUCAUACGCUGGCCUUGUGAAUCUGCAAAACCUGGACACCAAAUCCACCGACCAGCGGACUGGUGAAGCAGUGUCAUUAAGUGGUGUGACCGACGUUGAGAAACCAGACAGAGGCCUGGAGGGCAUCAGCAAGGAUGUCUCGAUCGAUGUGUCUAAGGAGGACUUUGAAAAUGAAAAGUCCUUGAAGCCCGAGUCCUCCGUUGAGACAGACAAGACGCCGAUGAGCCAGUCUCUCGGAUACUUGAUCAGCUCCAUGUCGCACUUCAUACGUCCACAUGCGUUGGUGGCGGUCUUUGCUCUCGCGGGCGCCACCAUUGUCGGCGGGGCGUACUGUGCCGAUGCCGUGAUCUUUGGCCAUACCGUCAGUGGACUAAGUCCAUGUGGCUCUCCCGACCACAUCCGAUGGAGUGGCCGCUUCUAUGCGCUGCUAUUCUUCGUACUGGCCAUCAUAGAGUUCUUUGCCAACGUUAUAAGCUGGGUAGGCUUUGGCUGGGUCUCCGAGAUGGCCAUCUAUGCUAUCCGCGUGUCCCUCUUUCGCUCUCUUUUCGAGCAGGAUGUGCAGUGGCAUCAAUCCAAGGGGCGUACUCCGUCCAGCCUACUCGCGCUCAUCACCAGCGACGGCAAUCAGAUUGCUGGUCUGAGCGGGUCCAUCAUCGGCACGAUAUUGUCGAUCUGCAUUAAUUUGGUCGCGGCCGUCAUCAUGACGCUUAUCAUAGCCUGGAAGAUUGCCUUGGUAUGUCUUGCCAUUGUGCCGGUUCUCCUGGGGGUCGGACUCACGCAAUUACGUGCCCUUGCGCGGUUUGCGGACAAACACGAGCACGCCUUCAACAAGUCGGUCGGGAUCAGCGUCGAGGCCGUUAGCUCCAUCAAGACCGUCGCGGCCCUGGCGCUCGAACAUGAGAUUCUAGGCACUUAUCGCAGUACGCUCGACGCGCCAAAACGAGAAGUCACUGCCAUCAGCUUCUACGCCAAUCUCUGGCUUGCCCUGCAAUACUUCGUCGGCAACCUGGCAUUUGCGCUGGGGUUCUGGUGGGGAUCCAAGCAGGUCUUCAGCGGGAUGUACAGCCAGACGCAGUUCAUCAUGGUCGUCUUCUCUUUGCUGGUCAGCGCUCAGCUCUGGUCCCAGAUGUUUGCGCUCGCUCCCGAGAUCACCAAUGCUCGAGGGGCCGUUGCGCGAAUCACCAGUGUGAUCGAAGUGGGAUCCUCAGGUUCGGCCGCCCGAGGGCCACAAGGGUCCCGCAACAAGGAUAUUGAAGCCGUUGCGGAAACAAAAGCUGCAUCGCCGAACAGACAAGGUGGUAUGGAGGUGAAGUUUCAGAAUGUCCAUUUUGCCUACCCGGCUCGUCAAAGUGCGCCGGCUCUCCGCGGCUUGAGCCUUCAUGUUCGGCCUGGCCAAUUCGCCGGGCUUGUAGGGCCGAGCGGCGCGGGCAAAUCAACGAUAACAUCACUCGUGGAGCGCAUGUACGUGCCCAGCUCAGGAGAGAUCCUGAUCGACAGAAUGGACAUUACCAAGCAAGUUGGGACAUCUUUCCGCAACGACAUAGCCCUUGUGCCGCAAGAUGGUGUGCUCUUCGAUGGCACGAUACGCUUCAAUCUCUCACUGGGGGCACGGCCGGGGACAUCGGUCUCAGACGAUGACAUGAUCGAAGCGUGCAAGCUGUCCAGCAUCCACGACACCAUUGUCAAGCUGCCACAAGGCUACGACACUCUCUGCGGUGUCAACGGGAGCCAAUUGUCGGGCGGGCAGAAGCAUCGGUUGGCCAUCGCUCGUGCAUUGGUCCGCAAGCCCAGGCUGCUAAUCCUCGACGAACCGACCAGCGCGCUGGACGCCGAGACCGAGAGGAUCCUGCAAGAUAACUUGAGGAUCGCGACGCAAGGCAUCACCGUCCUGGUCAUAGCACAUCGGCUGAACACCAUCCGCCAUGCCGAUGUCAUUUUCUUGAUCGAGGCCGGGCAGUGUGUGGACGCGGGUACCCACGAUGCGCUGUUUGAAAGGUCCGAGACCUACCGUGCAAACGUCCUCAGUCAAAUGAUCGCGACAUGAUGGGAUGAAGAAAAGCCAUAGAGUCAUUCUGAUCUAGAAAAUCCUUGGGUUGAACAGGACUCGAAAAGUUGAAUAGCAUUUAGAUUAUCAGUGAGUACGGGGUCAGAAAGAUCCCAAGUCUCAUACACAUAGAGGUAUGCAAAACCCGUCUUGCGUGAUUCUUUCAGCACGGCGGCCUCGAUAAGUG